GCGCCAAGCCGGCUCCGAUCCACUCGACUUGGACCUUUGACAUAGCUAAAUAAAAGUUCAUAGAUUUUAAUUUAAAUUCUGGAUAUUUUACAAUAAAUUUAAUUAAAAUUGUUAUGAAAAGCAAAAUGUGCUUGUUAAAUACCAAUUAAGUUCAGCUAAAUAAGAAGUAACAACUAUUAACUAAAACUAAUUGGAUUAGAAGAGGAAAAAUAUUGCAAAAAAAAAAAAAAAGUCCAACAACAAAAAUAAUGACAACAAGAAUAACGAGUAGCAAACGUAUUUACUCAACCAGCAAUUUAACAGAUCUACAAUUGAAGGAACAGGGCAAUUAUUUUUUUUCAGCAAGAAAAUAUGACGACGCUAUUAAUUGCUAUACAAAGGCCAUUAUAAAGAAUCCUAGCAAUGCUACGUAUUUCACCAAUCGGGCUUUAUGCCAUUUGAAACUAAAGCGCUGGGAAUUAUCGUGCCAAGAUUGUCGUCGUGCUCUCGAUAUAGAUGCCAACUUGUUAAAGGCUCAUUUCUUUUUGGGCCAGUGUCUAAUGGAGAUGGAGCUGUACGAUGAGGCCAUAAAACAUUUGCAAAGGGCCUUUGAUUUGUCCAAGGAGCAGAAACAAAACUUUGGCGAUGAUAUAACAUCACAGUUGCGUUUGGCACGCAAGAAACGCUGGAAUGUCAUGGAGGAGAAGCGUAUUUGUCAAGAAAUCGAGCUGCAAUCGUAUCUGAAUAGACUUAUCAAAGAAGACAUGGAAAAUCGUUUGGCCAAACUCAAAUUGGAUGAGACCACCAACGAGGAACAGUUGAAAGAUAAACAGCAGGAAAUCGAACAGGAAUGUGAUGAUCAUGUCAAGGAGCUAAACAAUAUUUUCGCCAAAGUCGAUGAGCGUCGAAGAAAACGUGAUGUACCCGAUUAUAUGUGUGGUAAGAUCAGUUUUGAAAUUUUAACCGAUCCAGUGAUAACACCCUCUGGCAUCACCUACGAACGCAAAGAUAUUGAAGAGCAUUUGCAACGAGUGGGUCAUUUUGAUCCGGUGACUCGUGUUAAGUUGACUCAAGAUCAACUUAUACCGAAUUUUACUAUGAAAGAAGUGGUCGAUGCUUUUAUAGCCGAAAAUGAAUGGGCUUUGGAUUAUUAAUUCUAUACAUACAUAUAUAUGUAUAAACAUACAACCACACAUACUACAUACAUAAAGUAUAGUUAUAUAUUGAGUAUUUCCUGUAUUUUUAAGUUUCGUGUUAUAAAUUUUUAUCUUUUAGUAAAGAAAAAUAUCAAUUAGAAAUAACAAUGAAAACUACGUUAUCCUGGCCUUGCUUGGAUUUAAUAGCCUUUUAGGAAGUGUUUUUUUUUUUAAUAAAAUAAGUUUUUCUCUUUAUUUUUCUAAAAAGUAAA